AUGAGCAAACGUAAAGCAGAAACGGAAAACCCUAAUGCAGAAUUCUGUGAUUUCCUGAUGGAGCUGGCAAAUUAUGAGAAGAAUGUGAAUCGGGCUGUACAUAAAUAUAAUGCUUACAGAAAAGCUGCUGGUGUUUUGGCAAAGCAUCCCACCAAAAUUAAAAGUGGUGCAGAGGCAAAACAGCUGGAUGGUAUUGGAGAGAAAAUUGCUAAGAAAAUUGAUGAGUUUAUUAAAACAGGGAAGCUAGACAAAUUGGAAAAAAUCCAUGCAGAUGAUCACAGUAUGGCUAUCAAUGAGCUGACAAAAGUGACUGGAAUAGGUCCAGCUGCUGCUAAGAAAUUAGUUGGUGAAGGCAUAAUGUCCAUUGAAGAUCUAAGAAAAAAUGUGAACAAGCUGAACCACCAUCAACAGAUAGGGUUGAAACAUUUUGAGGAUUUUGAGAAAAGAAUUCCAAGAGAGGAGAUGGUUGAGCUACAGAAUCUGGUGCUAAAACAGAUUCAUGAAAUCGACAAAACUUACGCAGCAGAAGUUUGUGGGAGUUUUAGAAGAGGAGCAGAGAGCAGUGGUGACAUUGAUUUCUUGCUGACUCAUCCAAGUUACACAUCAACAUCUAAGAAAAGGCCAACACUGCUGCAUGAUGUGGUAAAAAAACUGGAGGAGAUACACUUUAUAACAGAUACAUUGUCACUUGGGGACACCAAGUUUAUGGGUGUUUGCCAGUUGCCAAAAUCAGCUGAUGGAACUGAGCAUUCAUUUAGAAGAAUUGACAUUCGGUUGAUUCCCUAUGACCAGUACCACUGCGCUUUACUUUACUUCACUGGCUCAGAUGUGUUCAACAUCAACAUGCGUAAAGAAGCUCAAGAGCAAGGCUUCAUCCUCAACGAGUACACCAUUCGCCCAGUGGGCAGCACAGGAGUUCCUGGAGAGCCACUGCCUGUCGCCUCAGAGGAAGACAUCUUUGAUUACAUAGGAAAGAAAUAUGUGGAACCAUCAAAACGGAAUGCCUGA